GCCUUAAUGACACAGUUGUAAACAUCUCAAUGAUGAGACUUUAAAAGAAGUCCACAAGUAAAUACUUGAUGAGAGCUAAGGCAAAAUUGCGGACGGCUCAACUUGAUCGGUGAGCAGCAGAAGAUGGGAGGCCAAGAAUCAACAAUGAAAUUAAGAGAUGACCAAGACCCGAAAUCAUUUGACGACAUCUCGUCCGCCGGGACACCAAGUACCAGUUCUCCGCGGUUUACGUCUACCGACAUGUUGUACACUGCGGCUUCGGCACCAGAACUGAGAUCGAACCCUAUCAGACCUAAGGAGUUGCUAAGAAACCUGCGAAAGUACCAUAAAGAUACAGUCCGCUUACCAGCUAGCGACACACAGUGGGCUAAACAGCUUGUCUACAGCCAAACCCAGAAACUCCUCGAGUUUUGCAAACGGGAGACAGCGGUCAUUCGUAAUAUGGAGUACGCGGGCUCUAUGUAUGAGAGACUGGAAACUAAGAACAACAGUGAUUUUGAUGUUAUGGUUGUCUUAAAGACGGGUUCAGAAGAUGUUUCAGUUGAAGAAGUUGUUCCAGGACUGUAUACAAAACUAAAACUGAACACUGAACAAGCUGACACGAAACUUGUCAAGUUUACAGACACCCGGGACUACCUGCGCCCAGAUAAGAUGCAAAAUUUGCUUGACAAGGUAGCCCAGGCUUGGACUGAGAGCUCGAAAAGAUUCUCUGAUGGAACCAGAGUGCGGACUCACAGGCAUGGUGCAGCGGUUGAGAUGAUUGUCCGGGAUACUAACAGAGGAGGCUCUGUAACCGCGCAGUUGGUGCCUUGUCUGAGGAUCGAGGAUGACACCGGAAUGCCGCGAUAUUUCGUGCCGUGCGCAUUUCAGGAAUACACGAGAUUCGAGUUGGGAAAUAACACAGAGCGUUCGAUUUUGUGGCGGAAAACGUUUUCGUUGCGUGAAAGAGAGUUGCUGUCUAGUUUAGACCAUUCUGGAAGUACUUGUCGUACGGAAUGCCUAAAAAUUCUCAAAUUCCUUUUCAGCUCGGACAGAAAGCUACGCGCUUUUCAUUUCUACCAGCUGAAAACUGCCUUUCUACACUAUCGUAGUCUUGAUCAAGACUGGCGCUCAGAUGAGCUUGGGGAGAGAUUCCUGGGAAUGUUGAGAUACAUUCGGGAGUGUAUCAUGAAAAAAGAUCUGCCGCAUUACUUCGUACCCAGUGUUAAUCUGAUCAAAGGGCUCAAUGGUUCGUCACUUAACAGCGUCCAGGCAAGACUGCAACAGUUACUCACAGAUGAAAAACAGCUGUUCUAUGCAAUUUCAGGGUGAACUGCAAGUUAUGAUCAAAGAACUCUGCUAAUCUUUCAGAAUUUUACCAUUUUAGUUGUAGUAAAAAAAUAAACUUUUCGAAUACGCACAAAUCAAUUAACAAGUGAUGAAAAACUUUCAUUUCACAAACUUAUGCAACUCGGCUUAUGUUUCAGUGAUCUGAUCGCUGGUUAGCAUAUUUUAAAUUAGAGCAAACAGUUGCGAAGAAGUUUAUUGCACGAUUAAAAAAUACAUAGUGAAAAAAUGGACAUUAACGCGCCGCGCAGAACUGUGGGCGCGCGAACGUCAGUUUUUUUUACUGAUUUUUUUAUCGAUCGCGCGACGGACUUCCCAAGCAUGGACUGUUCACAGUUUAGAUUAUAUUGUGAAUUGUAAACUAUACUAACAUAUACGUGUUUGAAGUAAAAAUAGGACGACUUUCUGCAACAA